AUGGAGGAGAAGGACCCCGCCGUGGCCUUCCUCCCUGAUGAGGUUUCCCCACUGUGCGAGGAUAAGGACCGGGAGAUGGUGCUCCGCCUUCAUUCGGUGAUGGAUGAGCGGGGGUUGGCCCGCCUGCCGCCGCCUCCCCCUCCCGGCGGGGCUGUUGGCAGUCUGGUGCCCGGAGGGAGUGGCUGCCCAGGCACGAAGGAAGGCACGCCGGAGCCGAGCCAUGGGGGAGCCAUGCGUCCGCGCUCGGUUUCCCCCAUCCUGGUGGACUACCCGACGGCGUCUCCAUCUCCCCUGCCGGCGGUGCGGACCGCGCCCGCGGGGGGCUCAUCUUCCACCACUGCCACUUCAGGGCAGGCCCCUGCCCCAAAGCAUCCGAUGGUUCUCUCCCCUCGGUGGCGGAUGAGGCCCAUGGUCGGCGCCAUGAGUGCUUCUGGUGGCGCCGUGGCUGGCGUGGCGCCCGCCGCUUGCCAUGCGAGUCUGUCAACGAGGAGGGAUGCGACAUUGGUCGUGCUUGCCGCGGACGAUGCGGAGGUGGCUGAUAUGGGCGCGUCAAGCCCCCACGCCCCCGUGGCCGGGCCCCAGGAGUCAACACUCCUGCCGGAGAGCGCAGCAGGGGAGCCAGUCCUCACCAUCAGGGUAGGGUCUUCCAUAGCCCAACCUGCCCCAACGGCUCUGCAUCGUCCCGCCGAGGAGGGUGCAGCAGGCGAGGCGCCGUGUCAGGAAGCGGCGGUGCAGUCACCCCCGACCUUGGCGCAGGUUGUUGUGGCGAUGGAGGCCAUGGUUCGUGACCUGCGCAUCCUCCAAGCUAGCGGGGAUCUGUCCGACGAGCUGGCCUCCCACCGGAUGGCUUGGGAGCGCGACCUCCAAACGCGCGAGGAGGAGCUCCAUUGCCGGAGUGAUCAGGUGCAGCUGGCGCUCAUUGAUGCCGCCUGCCAUGAGGAGGCCUUGGCGACACAAGAGCAGCGCCUUCAGCCGGAGCUGGGUGCCACCUCGUCCGCUAGCAGAAUCUCUCUGUCGGCCUCGUUGAGCUGGAGGAAGGCUAGCCCGCAUCCGGCAGCAGGAGUCCGAGCUCCAGGAGUGGGAGUGGCGGCUCUCGGAGAAUGA